AUGGUUUCGUCCAGUGUUUUAAAAUUUCAGGUGACCAUACCGAACUUUAAACUUUACAAUGGCAAGGAAAUGCCGGCUUUGGGGUUCGGCACGUGGCUGGGUCUUGAUGAAAAGUUGGAAUUCAAAGUCUCCGACGCGCCUAAACUUGUCGACGCCAUGUUGUACGCCAUAGACAUAGGUUACCGACAUUUUGACACAGCGCACUUUUAUAGAAUGGAACCGGAAGUCGGUUAUGUUAUAAAGAAAAAGAUAGAAGAAGGUGUUGUGCGAAGAGAAGAUGUUUUUGUGACUACCAAGGUAUGGCAACACAACCACAGAACAGAUGACGCCUAUGCCUCUAUCGAAGCGUCUUUAAGAAGAUUGGGUCUAGAUUAUAUAGACUUAGUGCUUAUACAUUGGCCUAUAUCAAUGGAUAUAAAUGGUGUGGAUGAGAAAAUAGAUUACCUUGAGACGUAUCGUGGCCUGGAGAAUGCCAUGAAAAAUGGUUUAGUGAAGUCCAUCGGUGUGUCCAACUUCAACUUGGCGCAGUUGGAACGUUUACUGUCUAACUGUGAAGUUAAACCAGCGGUUAAUCAGAUACAGGUAACGAUUAACCUCCUCGAAAAAGAGCUAGUGUCCUUUUGCAAAGCCCAAAAUAUACUGGUCGUAUCGUACUCCUCGUUCGGAUCUUUGACGCGAUCAUAUGCCACCGACGCACCACCACCAAAACCGGAUGACCCAUGUUUAGUCGAAAUGGGACGGAAGUAUAAUAAGACGGCCACACAGCUUGUAUUGAGAUUUUUGUACCAGAGAGGUAUAGCGACAAUCCCAAAGUCACUGACCAAGGCCCGUAUACUGGAGAACGCGUCGAUUUUUGAUUUUGACAUUGACAGCGGCGAUGUUGCCACAUUAGAAAAAUUCGAUUGCGGUUACCGAUCGGAUGUGCCAAUAUUCUGGCAGGAGUACACGAAUUAUCCGUUCGAGAAGCAGGAAAAGGAGUUCUUUAUUGACAUGCCCGAAUCGCUUCUUAAAUGGAAAAAUGGCGCCAAUCUUGAUAUUGAUUAA